AUGGAGCCUGAAUCAGGCCACACAUGGAGCUGGGAUGGUGUCAGUUUCCUGCAAGGGCCCCAGAGCCAUCCCAUGAACUCAGAACCCUUCGGCCCUAAUUUUGUACUUCCUCUCAUUGCGUCAUUGGCAGGUACGGCCUCCAAGUGGCUGGUUUUGGCGAUUGCAAUGAUGCGCUUCUACAUCCAGAAAGGCACAACCAAGGGUCUGUACAGAAGUAUAGCAAGAACCCUCAAGUUUUUCCAGACCGUUGCACUAGUUGAGGUGGGACAUUGUGCUAUUGGAAUUGUGAGGACUUCUGUAAUUGUGACCGGGGUGCAAGUGUGUUCACGAAUAUUCAUGGUUUGGUUCGUCACCAACAGCAUCAGACAGAUCCAGAGUGAAGAAAGCGUAAUUCUAUUCCUGGUUGUGUGGACGAUGACAGAGAUUACCAGAUAUUCCUACUACACAUUCAACCUGCUCCACCACCUGCCGUACUUCAUCAAAUGGGCCAGGUACAACCUCUUCUUCGUGCUGUACCCCCUGGGGGUCAUCGGGGAACUGAUGACCAUUUAUGCUGCCCUGCCGUUUGUACGCAGAUCUGGAAUGUACUCCAUGAGGCUCCCCAACAAGUAUAACGUGUCCUUUGACUACUACUACUGCCUCAUCAUCGUCAUGCUGUCCUACAUCCCACUGUUCCCUCAGCUCUUCUUCCACAUGCUGCGGCAGAGGAGAAGGGUGCUUCACGGGGAGGUCAUUGUGGAGAAAGAUGACUAGAAAAGCCACCACCUCACGCCUUCGUUUGAGCCAGCCUGCCUCCACCAUCACCCCUCACCUAACCCACUUCAACUUUAGCCCCAUCGGAUGUUACAUUCUCCACCGCACGGGACCGGAAGAGCCGCACGGACGACGAAUAAAGGAGUUCACCAGUAGUGAGCAACAAUAACUGAUCCUAAGUCUUUACAGGAUUAAUUCCUAUCUGAAUGGUAAUAUUGGAAACAUGCUUACAGUCCCAGUAUUUGCUGGAGCUUGAGACUCCUUGACUGCACCUUGUUGCACUGAAACACGAGUCACAACAUCUCCCGAAGGAGAAAAAGGGAAAAGAGAGGCUUCCAGAGAAAUGUGAAAUGAAACAUGUGAGGAAGAUUGUAAGUUGUGUCUCCUGAGUUGUCAACCCCAAAAGCAACCCAAUUGGCUGUUCCAUUCUUUUUUUAAGUGUAUUCCACUACCGAGAUUUUGUACAAAGCAAAGAUAAAAAAAGAGGAAAUAGUUCUAUCAUACCUCAACAAUAAAUCUACAUUUAGACAAUAUGCUGCUUCUUUGUGAAUGUUUGUAAAUGAUACAAUGUGAAAUGAGUGCUUAAUAGUAAACAUAUUUCUUAAAUUAUUCGCAUACUGUAUCACUGAGAGCAAGCACAGCUCAAACUUAACAAUUUGUCAGCUUGGCUCCUGCAUUCUCCUGUGUUGCUUUGAUGUUUACUAUGUCAAAUUCAUUUACAAGAGUGCAUCCUCAACAAAUUUGAAGUCUUCAAAAAGUAGUUUUCAAUAGACAGCUGUAGGUGAGAGUACAAUUCAGAUUUUUGUAAGCACUUUCAGUCUUCAGUCGCUGUUGUGUUUGUUUUUUAACAUAAGGAAUCCAAUGUCCGUGUUGAUAAAGGUAGUUAGUUCCCUCCUAUUUAAGGUGCUAUUGUAACAUCAUUUCAAUCUUCUGUGCAGCUUAAGGAGUGACUGUGAUUGGAGUUGACCUAAAGCAGGAAAACAGGAUGUGAAAUGAUUGAGAGGAAAUGUUGCAUAGCCCAAGGUUAUCUACGAAAAUCGACUUUUCUGCUUAUAAUCUGGGUUAGGGAGGAGAGAAACAAUAAAAGUCAAUCACUGGGAAAGUUAUUUUUCAAACAAUAUAAAUGUGAGAAUACCUUCUUUUGUGCAAAAUGAAUAAACAAAGUUCUACAA